UAGGUAGCUUGUCCUUUAAUAAAUUCCCUCUGAUUCAAACUGGUUCCAAACUCCUAACCAAUAUGCUUGUCUAGAUUCUAAUACAGUAUUCCUUCAAACUAAAGUAGAAGAAUAUUCCUAACUCUUUCUUGGCAGCGUUCUUCAUAAGCUAUCACUAUUAGAUUAGCUGUGGCUACUACUAGUUCUUGAAACUGUUUUUUCCAAUUUUCAUCCUACUGGAAAUAGGUAGUUAGCGCAUCUUUUCAUCGAGCUGGUUGAAUGGCGGACUGGGGACCAGUGGUCAUUGGGGUGGUACUCUUCAUACUGCUGCAGCCGGGGCUUCUGUUUCAGAUACCUGGAAAUGGCCGAUCUCUGGAGGUCGGGGGCAUGAAGACCAAUGGCAAGGCCAUUGCUGUUCAUACUCUUAUUUUCUUUACUCUUUAUGCUAUCCUCGUUCUUGCUGUUCAUGUUCAUAUCUAUACUGGCUGAGUACUCACAACCUAAAGCUAAAGGUGUCGCGUCUUUACUUACCAUUUUCAUUGAAGCAAUAACAUCUGUUGAAGAUCUGUAUUUGAUUUUCUUGAGAAAGAAGAAAGAUUUUAUGUUUCGUUUCUGUUACUGAUUGUUUAAUAUAAAAGAAUUCUUCCUUUUCCACUUUUAA